AUGCUUGCUGAGCGUGUAAUACAAAGUAUUCACCAAGAUCAUCCUCACGCGCAUAUCUGGAUGAAGCCCAGCCUCAAGAACAAGCUGGAUUUCGCCGGGGACCGUGUCGGGGGUCAUAGAGAUUUGCCGGGACUGCCCCUUGUUUUAACCUUCGUCGACUAUAAGAAAUCCUUCGACAGCGUAGAAGCGAAUGCAAUACUGUCAGCGCUGGUCGAUGAAGGUGUGGACGCUUCAUUUCUCUCGAACCUUCGUUUCGCUGACGACAUCGUUCUCUUUUUGAGCAGUACCAAUGAAGCAGAAGCGAUGCUCAACGAAUUGAGCAAAGCAGGGAAGAAAAUAGGACUGCGAAUAAACAGAGAGAAGACACAGUUCAUGAAGAACGCCUACUGCGAAGACGGAGGACUUCAACUUUAA